UUCGAAAUUACAUCUCUGAGGCAUUUCGGUCAGUCUCGUUUCAAAAUUUGUUUUCCUAAAUUGUUUACUUAGAUCCUGGGUCUCUGCAACACACAAUCCAUAGGGCUUUUUUCUUCUAAUCUUAUCUAUCUGUUAUACAGUGCAUUCCGUUAAAAAUUUCAUUUAAAAAGUAGUCGAAAGAAAACCAACACAUAAACGCAAUCGAAAUGCUUUUGGCCCGCUUAACCCAUGUGCUGCCAGGGCGAUCGCUGCGCUUUUUGGGCCAGAAAGGAGCACCCCGUCUUUGGAGCUCCACCCAGUCCCCGAUCACGAGUAGUUCCAGGAGGAUGCCCACCUUGGCACAGGGAAAAUCCGGGAUGCCCAAGAGGGAUAUGCAGGAACUUGCAAUGAGAAAGUACUCCAGGGAGUCGAGGGAUCGCGACCGCUCCCACUUGGAGAGUCGUACCAGGGGACCCUCUCUCAAGGAUCGCAUGAUGGGGCCUCCCAGUGAGAAUGCCUACUCCAUGGGCAAAGGAGCUGCAGCCGGAGCGGCCCUGAUGGGCCUCGUGGGUCUGUGCUACUACGGUUUGGGUCUUUCGAACCAGCCCAGUAUCUACGAUCACUCGGUGGUCUGGCCCCAGUAUGUGAGGGAUCGCAUCCAUGCCACCUACGCCUAUUUUGGAGCCUCCUGCGGCGUAACAGCUGCUUCGUCCGUUGCCGUAUUCCAGUCGGACGCCUUGAUGUCCCUCAUGAUGCGUUCGGGGUGGAUUGCCUCAUUGGUUACCCUGGGGCUGGUGAUGCUCAGCGGGGCCGUUGCCCAGGGCAUCGACUACCAGCCAGGAUUCGGAGCCAAGCAGCUGGCCUGGCUCGUCCACUGUGCCGUCCUGGGGGCGGUCCUGGCGCCCAUGUGCCUGCUGGGUGGACCCAUUCUGACCAAGGCCCUUGUCUACACCGGCGGCAUCGUGGGGGCCCUGUCCACGGUGGCCGCCUGUGCCCCGAGCGAAAAGUUCCUAAACAUGGGCGGGCCCCUGGCCAUCGGACUUGGCGUGGUCUUUGCCUCCUCACUGGCCUCCAUGUGGCUGCCGCCCACCACUGCGGUCGGCGCGGGUCUGGCCAGCAUGUCCCUGUACGGCGGACUGAUCCUGUUCAGCGGGUUCCUUCUCUACGACACCCAGCGGAUCGUAAAGUCAGCGGAGCUGCAUCCUCAGUACAGUAGCUCCCUGUAUGAUCCGAUUAAUCAUGCCCUGGCCAUAUACAUGGAUGCCCUGAACAUCUUUAUCCGCAUCGCAAUUAUUUUGGCGGGUGACCAAAAGCGAAAGUAAUGAAAAAUAAUUAACUCACAAUCAGAAAAUGAUACCAGCGGGCUGAAGGGUACCCAAAUAUCGUACGCAUACAUUAAAUAGUAACUUCUUUGGAUUGACAAUUUGUGAGCUGAUUAAACUUAAGAUUUCAGAAAAUUUAA